CUGAAGCUGAAGUGCUGAGUGUGUUUAUUUUUGAUACUUGUCCGAGAUUUGUAUUUAGUAGAAAUUUAUUACAUUUGUGAGUUUACUAGAAUAAUUUAAUACCUCCCUUUAAAUAAUCAAUACCUUCAAACAUAUAAUUAUGGCAUUUCAACCUCCUAGUGUUAAACAGGAAUUGCAAAGCCGGAAAGUUUUAGAAGAAGUUCAGUACAAGAAAAAACUUAUGAUGAAGCAGCAAUCCACUGUUAGCAAUACCGCACCAACUCAAAAUGCGCCCUCAGCGCAAAAUACUACUCCCGUUACUGGCAAUACAGUACAAUCUACACAAAUUACUUCAUCUACAGAUUAUCAAGGCCUGAAUAAAAAUCAAAGGACGGCAUUACAACAUGCUCAUGCAAACUCAUACGCUAGUUUUAUUCCUCAAGAUUCUGCCUUUGGUAAUCUCAUUUUGCCAGUUUUGCCACGAUUUGACAGAUGAGUAAUCGUACAACACUUCUCUGUUUGAUUUACUGGACAUGAGAAAAAAAGUUUGCAUCAACGAAUAAUCCACUGAAUUUGUAUUAUCUAGAAUCAGGAUUGAAGUUCUUUAAUAGACAUUAAGACCAAACUUAAUUAUAAUGUUUUUUUACAUUGUUUUAUGAAAUUUUAGCAUUUAAAUUUUUUUUUCGGUAUAAUAGAAACAGCACGGUAGACUUGUAGUUGGUUCUAAACUACAAAAAGAGGAAACAAUAAAUUUAAUGAGCAAUGGAAGGGUUCAUCGGUAAUGACUGAUGUUGCAAUACCAUAUUAGCCUUGAUUUAACAAUAAAGCCUCUAGUAAUUCUUCUUUUUUUCUUGAUCUCAACUAAUUGCUGUUUGAAAUAUCAAUAAUCAAAAACUCGUAACUUAACA